UUACGUACUCUUUCCUGUUUCCGAUCGGGCAACUUGGGUAUAAAGCAGUUCACUUUGCAGUUUUCCCCAGUUUCUUUUAACCUGCUUUUACAGUUUUACAAUCGUUUUACAGUCGUUUUUGGAAGUGUACUCACUAGGUUAUUAGAAAAUUACACAGUUUAUCAUUUAUGUUCGUGUUAAAAGUAUACAGUUUGAUUUGUCGUUCGUUUACAUGGAUCAAUAGAGAUGCCAAAUCGUAAGAAACCGUUUAGUGUGAAACAGAAGAAACAGCAGAUUUCACAAAAGCGGGAAAGGAAACGAAACCGAAGCGGCGAUCUGCAGUCUACGAGCGACGAAGGUGAUGUGGACGAUGCCAUAAUCCUGACUGGGGACUUUCAAGAAGAAAAUCCGCCGGGAUUGAACGUUCGCGUCGCCAAAGUUAAUCAGCAACCUGGAUCUCAGCAGCUUCAUCCGAAAGCGAAGAAUGAAUACGAUCCAAACCGUUACCGACUGCAUUUCUAUCGCGAGUCAAAGGAAGAACUGAAAUUGCGGAAGGAAAAAGCUUCGCUGCCAGUGGAAGCGGUUCCCGAGGAGAAGCUGGAGAUGAGCUUGGAGGAUAUUUACCGACCUGGUUCGGAGUUGGACAUGCCUCGACGCCCGCCGUGGGAUUACACCAUGACGAAGGAGCAGCUGGAUGCGAAUGAGCAGAAAUACUUUCGGAGUUAUGUUGAGAAGAUAUUUGCUGCUCAUCAUGAUUCCGUGGAUUUGUCGUACUUCGAACUGAAUCUGGAAACUUGGCGCCAGUUGUGGCGUGUGAUGGAGAUGAGCGACGUGUUCCUAGUCAUUGUGGAUCUUCGUUUCCCAGUUCUACACUUUCCUCCGACGUUGUAUAAAUAUUUAAUGGAAGAACUGAAAAAGCCGAUCAUCCUUAUUCUCAAUAAAAUUGAUCUGGUGCCUCCGCCGCUAGCCGUAGCCUGGCGGCAGUAUUUCGCUUCGACGUAUCCCUCCUUGAAAGUGGUUCAGUUCGGUUCCAGUCCCCGUACAGCUGCAGAUCUGGAGAGGAUGUUCAAAAAGAAGAAACCAACCAAACGCAGCAAAUACCAGAUCUGUUACGGUGUACGCGAGAUAUUUGACUACUGUUCCGAAGUAGCCAAAGGGGAAGUCGACGUGACGUUGUGGAAACAGCGACUGGAUGCUAUUGAAUCGGGAGGUGCGCUUCCGGAUAAAGUGCCGAUUCCACCGGCGGAUGCUCAUCAGAUGGACGGACACCAUGUUCCCUAAUUUCCCUUCAAAGACGGUGUGCUGACCAUUGGUUGCAUCGGAGAACCGAAUGUCGGCAAAUCUUCCGUGAUCAACGCGUUAAUGGGUCAGAAAGUGGUGUCUGUCUCGAAAACUCCCGGCCAUACCAAGCAUUUCCAAACUAUAUUCCUUGCUCCGAAUGUCAAGCUCUGUGACUGUCCUGGAUUGGUCUUUCCGGCUACUGCGCCCAAAGUCCUGCAGAUUAUCGGCGGAAUCUAUCCCAUUUCUCAAGUAUCGGAUCCAUAUAGCGUUAUCGGCUAUUUGGCCGCUCACCUGCCACUCAUUCAACUGUUGAAACUGAAGCAUCCAAAGGGAGAAUCGGCCAAAUUCUCGCCAUUAGACAUCUGUGAAGCGUGGGCGCUGAAACGAGGAUUUUUCACGGCCAAGGCAGCCCGACCGGAUGUGUAUCGAGCCGGCAUUCACUUGUUGCGCAUCAUGCUGGAGGGGAAAAUCUGUCUGCGAACGUAUCCACCGGGUUACGUGGAGAAGAAAAAGCACUUUGAGAAUUUUGGCGAAACGAAGCAGUUUGCAUCUGAGUUGGAGCAACUGGAACAGAAGCUGCAUGGUGUUGCAAAAAAUGACGCUGUUCUAACCUUUAAGGAUUAUGAGGACGUAUGCGCUUACAUGCUCCGUACGGCGCCUGUCCCACCGGAUUAUCACCCUGUCCUUUCCUUGAAGCAGUUUUUAUUUAUCAUCGGAUGUUUUAUAUUUGUCUUGAUUCUCAUCUUCCACCCGAAGCCUCUGCUGCUGUUAUUCACGACGUUAUUGCGGUUAGGAUUGACUGUAUAGGAUUGGGAUCCCACUUUUCCUUUUCCAGGGACUGAAAUAGUGCAGAAUCAAUGAUGGACGCUUUGCGACUUCCCCCCCCCCUCCCGGGGGCGAAGUUUAAAAAUGUUUGAACUUUAGACGAAUUACAACACUUAAAUUUUAAUGAGUUUGCUGUUUCGAGAUAAGGUUUGUAGAAGUUGCUUGGGAAAACGAGAUCUUUAUAGUUUAUAUACAACUGUUAAAUUCGACCGCGUAAUCAAUUCGCGCGAAACCAACGGAUAGAUUGACGUGGUAAACUGCUGAGAAAUUCGACAAAAAAUACUAUAGAUAUUUCUCGGUAUAGGGAGGGUGGGGGCUGGAUGGAGAGUACGAAAAAAGCCGGUGAACAGAAGUAGGAGUAACUACAAAUCACGCAAUAAUCCCCAGUUGGUUCAACUUUCAGCCCAUCUCACCUUUGCGGUCUCAUUCAAACCCCGCUUUUGAAAUGAACCGCUAAUUUGUGCAAGAUAACAGUGUGUUGAGUUUAAUGAUGGACGCAAAUGUCUUGAAGUGAAUGAGGACAGCGCUUGGCCAUCUUGUACGCGUCGCGUAACAAGACAACGCAGUGAGCGCACUGGGCCCACCCAGUUUCCGGCCUUUAAAACCGAUGUAAUGCUGUUUCUAAAACCGCGCGGAGCGCGAAAAAAAUUAAUUUUUUGUGCUAAUACGGUGCAGUUUUGCGUGUUCCUGGUCAGAAAACGACACUUAAAAUUCUCAUCCCAUCUUUUUUUUAUGCGCAGUUCCCACCGCCUCUUCAUCUGACCUUCACUCCCCGCUAACCUUGGCACUAAACAGUUGCGAUUUUGCGUGAAGAAAUAGGUAGUACUCUGUAUGGUUUAUUUAGUAAGUACUUGAGAAGGCAUAAUAUGUGCAUUUCGCACCGGGAUGCUACCGAGUAGCUGGCUGCCGAAAUACACCUUGACGCCUGACGGGCAAGGUAGCGAACAGCGACAAGUGAUAGUCAGCGUAGCGAGUGAGCCUACGCUUACUUGUUAAGCUUAUAUGGCUGCUACCGCUUAUUGAUGCAAAAAUUGUCGUACAGCUAGUACAUCAGCACGGUACAACUAUGACCUUAUUUCUUCCAAUGCAAGUAGAAGCCACAAAAGCUAAAUCAACCAUGCACAUGUGUUCUUUCAACAACACCCGUACACGCGAAGAAAAAACCAUUUCACAACAAAUGAGGAAUGACACUCCGUUGCGGAGCGAGAGAGGAAGGGAGGAAACCUUGAACUUUAAGGUUGCAAGCACUGUUGGACUCGCCGUAUAUUUUGAUAUUGCGCAUGUGGUAAUUUCCCCGUAGCUACGUAU